AUGGCCGCCUUCACCAACAGCAGGGGGGCUUUCCAGGAUGAGGUGCAACAAGUCCGCAGCCAAAUCCGAAGCGUCCUGGGUCAGGAAGAUGAUGAUGCGUGUAGUGAGUGGUUCGAUGGCACCAUGAGCGAGAGUGCUUUCAGCUCCUCCAGUCGACAGCUCUAUGCCGAGGAGCUGAAUCAGCGUGUUUUGGGACGGCAUGUGGUGCCACACGUGGGUGAUCACGUGGUGGUCCUGGACCCCAGCGGCUCGCGCAGUGCCACUGGCACGGUCAUGGAGGUCCGCUGUGAGGGUGGUCGAGUCCGGGUGGAACACGAUGGUGUGGACAGGGUUGAGCGAUACUACAACACAGGGAAAGACGGCGAAUUUCAGCUCGCUUUAGCUUCGCCCAUGCCAUCCCUCACCGAUGGCGCAAGCCGACCGCGGUUCUCGCUACCACGACCUCCAUCCAAAGUGGAGCUGAAGGCAGAGACAGUGCCAGCUCUCUUUGUGUCCAACCAGGCCACUGUUAGCACCAAUUCCGUGCAACGGCCGCGCUACUCAGAGAUCCGCAGGGGGACUUCUGCUGGUCGUCGUGAGCUGGAGGUGCCGGACACGGACACGGCGUCUGUGAGGAGCCCCAGCGUUUGCAGUGCUGUCUCAAGCGCUGCGGCUCGGCCCCGCUACUCGGAGCUCCGGAAGGCCCGGCAAGCGGCUUUGGGAGAGACGCAGGCGACGCCGGCGACGGUGCCCGACGGUGCGGAAGAGCCACGCCGACGUCAAAGGAUGCCACAGGAGCCGGUCGAGGCGACAGUUGAAGUCGCCAGUGAAGACGCUGGAGGCCCUUCCAGACUAACUCCUAGGCCAAGGAGCAGGUACACGGAGUUGCGGAAGGCCUCCAGGAGUCCCGUAAGGUCAGUGGCUGAUCCUUGCGGAAAUGCGCGUGAUGCUGUGAAGACACCGGUGUUUGAACAGGCAGAGCCGGCCAGCGGGGCAGCGCAAGCGCUUCAAGUGCCAGUGUUGCACGUGACGCCAGUGACACAAGCGCAAGAAGCGCCAGGUGCCCGGAGCAACGAAAGGAGCCCUGAAGUCCUUGAGCUCCUGAAAAGACUCGAAAAGCUGGAGGGGGCGACGAUGUCGCUGACGACUCAGUUGAAGGACUUGAAAGUCUCCCAGUCAUUUGAAACGUGUGAAAAGCUUUGCCUAUCUUGGCAAGAUGAAAGUCGCAGGCAGCUUGAGGCUGGCAAAGAACAACUUAGACAUUAUCUUCACGAAGAGAUUUGUCAGCAGCUGGAGAAAGUUGAUAGACAGAUCUCCGCCAAGGUGGAAACAUGUGAAAAGCUUUGCCAAUCCUGGAAAGAUGAGAGUCGACGGCAGUUUGAGGCUAGCGAAGAACUUCUUAGACAAUAUCUUCGUGACGAGAUCCGCCAGCAGCUGGAGCAAGUGGAGAGACGGAUCUCCGCCAAGGCCUCCGAACGGCUCAUCGAGCCCAAGAUCUCGGUGCCGCUGGAGUCAGAGGAGCCGGAGCAGGAGUACGAAACUCCCAGCGCGGAGGAGCCGCCGUUUUACCUCGCAGGUGCUGAACUGGCAGACUCCGAGCUCAGCCUGCAGACCAUUGGUUCUAUUGCACGUCGCGUGUCUGCCUCACUGGGUGGAAGGCCGGCCACUGGGCCUCCAGCUUCAUCUUCUCAACGAGAGGUCGGAGAACGCCGCGCGCCUCCACCUACGCAGAGGCCGAAGGAGCGGAACUUCGACUUCGAACAGGAGAUGGAACACCUGGCGCACAUGAGACGCUAUGCCUCUCAAGUGUUGGGAACCCAAGAAGCUGCCAGCCCAAGAACGCCUCGCUCAGCACAUCCGGAAUGGCAAGCAGAUCAGGAGCUUCACGAGGCUCUGCGCUCGACACUGCCAGCCUCUCCGAUGUUCGGACACCCGCAGGCCGCCGCGCGGUCCGCGCACGCUGUGCGCACCGCCCGGCCGGUGCCCUGUGCGGAACGUUGGAGGAGACGCACUUCUGCAUCUACAACUCGAUCAGAGACCGAGCCGCCAUGCCCAUGGGAUGACGAGGAGGAGCCCUUGACACCACAAGACGACGGUGUCCCGCGAAGUAGGCAGAGCCAUGCAUGGCAUGUCGAUCGGGAAGGCCGCUUGAUUUUCUGA